AUGGUCGCAUCUUCAUCUCGCGGUGGAUAUUUUGUCUUUCGUACCAUGAAGAGACAAAGUGACAGAGAAGACAAUGGGACAAAACGAAGCAAAGGAGAGUCACUGAUUGGCAAAUAUACACAAGGGCCCUUGGAUCACGUGUUUGGACAACACGCAGCGUUCCCCAUCCAAGAGAAUGCGCAAGACCCCGUGUAUGAGUAUUUGGCCGGGGUGCGGCGAGAAGCGGAGUGCACUGGCGUUUUCUUCGCCCCAAAAAAAGCCACUGCGCGCCCGCCCGAACAAGAAAGGGCGCGCGCGAUUCCACUUGGCGCAGCUUUCAUUGAGGGCGUGGUGUCCCAGUUGGUUGCGGAAAAGGCCGAGAAUGGACUGUCUGAGCAGGAAAUUCAAGUGAGUGUCGAGUCAGACGAGUCGGAGCAGGAGGACGAGGAACAGAAUGAACUAGAAGACCAGGAUGGUGAACUGGAAGACCAGGAUGGUGAACUGGAAGACCAGGAUGGUGGACUGGAAGACCAGGAACAGGAUGAAAUGGAAGACCAGGAACAGGAUGAGGACCAGCCAAAAGACGAGUCGCAAGGCGACCAAAGCAGCAGGCAUGUAUCUCAAAGCGACGACGCAGUUUCUGAUGCACAGGAAGCCGAGCAAGAAGAUUUGAUGCAAGUGCCGCAGUCGGCCAAUGCGUGGCGUACGCUUGUGUUUUCUUCGCCGCCGCCCAAAGAUUUCUUCGCGCGCCUUGAGCAUCCCACAGUUAUAAAACUAGUGGUUUACUUCACGCGAUGGCUUCUGCCGUCCAUGCCUGCGUCUGCUUCGGAAUGGCUCUGGCAAGUCUUUGUCAGGCUCGAUUGCGGCCUUGUUCACACAGAGUUGGCGAUUGUGCGGGACUUGGGGCUCAAGGCCAAAAAGCUCCGACUCAAACACCAAGAGCAGAAGGGAAGCGACCAGGAAGGUGAAAGUAAAAUCACGACCGAAGAUUGUCUGGAUGUGCGCGAGAAUCCAGGUCCGUCUGAAACCAUUGACCGGGUGCUUGCAGUUGUGGGGUCUUACUAUGGCCAACGCGAUUUGCUAGAGUGA